GAGGAGGACACUGAUUGGUUGCAGUCGCCAACGCCAGUGUUGAUGCCCACGACGCUGGUGUUGCGGGCUCGGCGACCCGGCUGUGCACCCAGUGGGUCAUGGUGCUGGGUCUCGGGCCGCGGUGCGUCCAGAGCCUGUCAGCGCUGGGAGCCGCCUGCGCGCGCCGCGGUCUGGGUCAGGCCCUGCUGGGAGUCUUUCUGUAUCACACAGAUUUCAGAAAGAGUCUGACUGUGGAGCAAGCCAUGAUGAAGGUGGAGCUCCUGCCGGCCCUGACUGACAACUACAUGUACCUGGUCAUUGAUGAGGACACCCAGGAGGCCGCCAUUGUAGACCCGGUGCAACCCCAGAAGGUUAUAGAAACUGUGAAAAAGCACCGUGUAAAGCUGACCACAGUGCUCACCACUCACCACCACUGGGACCAUGCUGGUGGAAAUGAGAAGCUGGUGAAGCUGCAGCCUGGGCUGAAGGUUUAUGGAGGUGAUGACCUCAUUGGGGCCUUGACGCACAAAGUGACACACCUUUCCACACUGCAGGUGGGGUCUCUCACUGUCAAAUGCCUGUCAACACCCUGCCAUACUUCGGGACACAUCUGUUACUUUGUGAGCAAGCCAGGUAGCUCAGAGCCCUCUGCUGUGUUCACAGGUGACACAUUGUUUGUUGCUGGCUGCGGGAAGUUCUAUGAAGGAACUGCAGACGAGAUGUACAAGGCACUGCUGGAAGUCUUGGGUCGGCUCCCUCCAGACACAAAAGUCUACUGUGGCCAUGAGUACACCAUAAACAACCUGAAGUUUGCACGCCAUGUGGAACCCAGCAAUGCCGCCAUUCAGGAGAAACUGGCCUGGGCCAAGGAGAAGUAUGCCAUCGGGGAGCCCACGGUGCCAUCUACCCUGGCAGAGGAGUUCACCUAUAACCCCUUCAUGAGAGUGAAGGAGAAGUCUGUGCAGCAGCAUGCUGGUGAGACGGACCCUGUGACUACCAUGAGGGCCAUCCGCAGGGAGAAGGACCAGUUCAAGGUGCCACGGGACUGAGGCACACAGGGACGGGGACUUUGAAGUGACUGCCCCGCUGCUCGUGCAGGAUCUGGUCUGCUUUUGUUUUAAGUUAAUCCAGAGCCCCUAGCUGGUGUUAUCAAUGUUCUAAUGCAUAUUUAUAAGAGAAAAAGGUUAAAAGUAUUUAUUCCCAUAACCCCUGCUUAUAGACUCUACAUUAUCUCUGUGGUCACCGACAUGUAGUUUGCACCUAGCUUCUUAGAGUGGGCUGAGGCUGGGCAUCCCACCCUGGCUUCCUGGCUCUUUGGGGAGAAAGUUAGCUAGCACUCUCCUUGGCUUUUCCUCCCUCCUCCUCUAGCCUGUGGCCCGUCCAGUCCCCAGGCUCUGGGUGCUCAGAUCAGACUGCAGCUAAAGUAGUCUAGGUCUGAGUGGGUAGAAUGGAGACAGCAGACCCAGAUGCCCAAAGGUCCCUGAGACAGGUGGAGGAAGAAUUUGAGACUGGGGUGCCUGGUCUAAACCCCCAGGGGACAGUUGGCCCUGCCUGUGUGGAUCGUUGAUCUGUGCUGAGUGAGGUCAGCGUCCUCCAAGCCUGUCAUAGCGUGUGUAUCCUGUCCUGCUGUCUGCAUUGCUGGCCGAGCCCCCAGGCUGUAGUUCACCUUACCCUUGGCUCUGCUGGGGCCUGUUUCCUUCAGCUGCCUCGAACUUUAUCCAGCUGUGGGAUCAGGACACAGAUGUCCUAACCUGAAUCGCUGUCACACGGCUCCUCUUCAGAGACAUGUAGGUGGAGCUGUUAAAGUCCUGCCACUGCUAUCUCCCUGGAGGUGGCAUGGAAUGGAACUUGCAGAUUGUCCCCCAUGAUGGUGCAUGAGAUAAGUGUUAAACCAUGUGUGCUUGGCCAACCCUGCCAUAGCUCUAAUAGGCACCAUGGUUCCCACCAGCCUCCAAAUAAAUGUGGUAUCCCUCUGUGAGCCUCAGUGCGCAGAGAUCCUCGGAGCCCAGAUAUCUUCUCCAGAAUGUGUAUGCGGCCAUGCUGCUGUGCUGUGCCCAGUGUGUUUAAAUGUUCUGUACCACCCAGCACCGUGUGGCCAGUCCAGGGGACAUUUGGCAUGCCCCCUCUGAAACAUCAAGUCCUAAAUAAGAUGGUUUGCAUGUCCA